AUGGUAACCCUCUUUCAGAUGUGGGUUGUUCCCCUCUAUUUCACAGUGAAGCUACACUGGUGGAGGUUCCUGGUGAUCUGGAUCUUCUUCUCUGUUGUCACAGCCUUUGUCACCUUCCGAGCCACACGAAAACCUCUAGUACAGACAACCCCAAGGUUGGUUUAUAAAUGGUUCCUGCUGAUCUAUAAAAUCAGCUAUGCCACUGGCAUUGUUGGCUACAUGGCUGUCAUGUUUACCCUCUUUGGUCUUAACUUAUUAUUCAAGAUUAAACCAGAAGAUGCCAUGGACUUUGGCAUUUCUCUUCUUUUCUAUGGCCUCUACUAUGGAGUUCUUGAACGGGACUUUGCAGAAAUGUGUGCAGACUAUAUGGCGUCUACCAUAGGGUUCUACAGUGAGUCAGGCAUGCCUACUAAGCAUCUUUCGGACAGCGUGUGUGCUGUGUGUGGGCAGCAGAUCUUUGUGGACGUCAGUGAAGAGGGCAUCAUCGAGAACACAUAUAGGCUGUCCUGCAAUCACGUAUUUCAUGAGUUCUGUAUCCGUGGCUGGUGCAUCGUGGGAAAGAAGCAGACUUGUCCCUACUGCAAAGAGAAGGUAGACCUGAAGAGGAUGUUCAGCAAUCCCUGGGAGAGGCCUCAUGUCAUGUAUGGACAACUGUUGGACUGGCUUCGAUACUUGGUAGCCUGGCAGCCUGUCAUCAUUGGCCUGGUGCAAGGCAUCAACUACGUCCUGGGUCUAGAAUAGCGUCAGUAGAGAACCCACCCCACCUGCCAUGGAACUCAGGGCACUCUCCUCACUGCCCUUGAAGAUCUCCUGGGUGGGAAAGACUCAAAGGGGUGCUUGGACCACUCAGGACCUCUCUGGCUAUGUCUGGGCUGGGGAGAGAUAUGAUGGAGAAUCAGCCAGUGGGGCUGUCAACAGUGGGGGGCUUUUUAAAAGAAAACUAUUUUGAUGAAUAUAUUUAAAAACCUUUUUUAUUGUGGAGCAUAGGAGUUGCCUCCUCCAGGCCUCACCCUGCUUGAGCAGGGUGGGGGCAGAGCCAUGAUGUUUUUGUUUAAAAGGAAUCUUCUCACCUCUGACUGAGAGCUUCAGCCUACCUACUUCCUUUCUCUUUCUUCCCCUCUUCUCCCCUCCCCUCUCUUCCCCUCUGCGUGGCUCAAGCCUGGUACACUCAGUGUGGAAAAGUUGAAGAGCUCAGACUGGUGCCACAGAGGAGCAACAAGGGGUGAAGUGUCUUCUCUCCUGCCCUCUCUGGAACAUAAGAUGGGUGUUGUCUAGAAGCUAAAGACUGGGUUGGUCAAGUGGAACUUCACCAUGACUUUUCCAAGGGAAGCCAUGGGGCAUCAGAAUUCAUUGGUGAUAUGUUUUGGAACAACUAGAAGAAUCAGCAGUGUAGAUAAUCUGCCCCUGAGCAGGGCUGUCAUCAGCCAGGAAUAGACACCAUCUAGUUGGGUUCUGGGGGCAAAUGUUUAUAGUAUUGAUUGAGGGCUUCUUGUACAAGUUGAUCCAUCAGCCUGGAAAUGGUGACGUGCCAAAAGCUACUCUGCACAUCACUUCUUUCCUGAAAGCCUGAGUGAGAGUGUGUGUGUUAGCGUGCGUGGAGCCGAAGAAUUACAACAGAUGUCAACAGUCAUCAGGCAAUGUGCUCUUGAAGUUAGCAGGGGAUUCCUAAGCCAGGGCACAUCCCUGUGUGAGCUUUGCCAUUCGGUGGAUGGGUGGGUGGGUAGAAGGGUAUGGCCUUGGUGAGUGCAGUUUCUGAAAAGGGGCUUCCUAUGAGUUUUGAAGAAAGUGGGAGGGCAGCCAGUGUUCAUUACCACAGUGUUUCAAGGGAAUGUAGCCCAGCAGGGCCUGCCCCUUUAAGGGCUGCAAAAAUCAAGCAAGAUCUUGUCUCUCCCAUCUGAAUAAAGCUCCAUGAGCUAGGUUGGAAAGCUGAACAUUAUUUGCUUUUCUUGCCACCUUUCCUUGGGGUCUUCAGGGUUGUCUUGCCUCUACUGCCCCUAGCUGAGAGCUGGGUCUUUGAGGUGGUUGGUGUUGCCUCUCCCCUACUCCCAUCCCGAAAUGCUGGGUUCCUGCCUGUGGCAUUAGGAGUCCUGGGGCAUCACUGGGCCCCAUUUCAAACUGAGGUGGCUCUCCAGCCUCACCACCUGAGAUCAGCAACAUGGGCUGGUGGAGUGGCUCAAGCAGAAAGAGCGCCUGUCUGGCUGGCGUGAGGUCCUGAAUUCAAACCCCAGUGCUGCCAAAACUAAAAUCAGUUGAGAUCAACACCCUGCCACUACCUACCUUUCUCAGGUCUACUCUCAACCUCAGCUUCUUUUAACCUGGCUGUGGCUUUCCAUGGUACCCCACUGCCCAUACCACCUGUGGGCCAAUCCUCAGGGGAAUGGGACAAAUAGUCACUUUUGUCCCAUAACCUUCCAGUGGCUGCCCUUGGUUACUCUCAGGUAGAGUCCUAGCUCCUCUCCCUGCCACCUCUAGUCAUCCCCCAAUGGACUGUAUCUUAGAAUCCCUCAGGUGGCUUUACCUCUGCCCUAAAUCCUGGAGAUCUGGUGUUCCUAGGGAGAAGUUAACCCUGCAGCCUAGUAUCCUCUGGCAGGAGGUAGGUGGAGUUCCUGAGAGAAGCAGAAAUGUGAGCUAGGCAUUCAGAGAAGAGGACCUAACUCUUAGUCUCCUGUGUCUGAAUCAAAAAUAUGAAUCUGUUUAUGUUCCUGAUGCAUCCUCCAAACCUAAUCCAUCUCCCAGAGUCCCUGUUUCUUAUCACUAACUCUCCUCUCAUUUUUUUUUCAUUUUUCUUUUAUUAUUCAUAUGUGCAUACAAGGCUUGGUUCAUUUCU